AUGCCGGUCCAGAAGGGUCAAGUAAGGGCUGUGCCGCUGGCGAUACCGGAGCCCGGCGAGGACGCCGCGGAGAGGAAGCGAGUCCUUAACGUGCUUGCGCAGAGGCGGUAUCGACAAAAGCGAAAGGAGCACAUCCGCAAACUUGAAGCGAAAGCUGUCGUCGCUGACCAGCCGCAGGAGCCGCCGCAGCUCAACGGCUCCAAAGACCACCGUGCAUUGCAAGAGCCGCCGCAGUCCAACGGCUUUAACGACCCACGUGCAUUACAAGAUGUGGCUGAAAAAACAUCGAGCAAUAUCCAGCACCAGCAGUGUCCGUUCGCGGCAGCACACCUUUACGUGCCUGACGACGGUCAGGUCUUGCCGGAUGAUUUCAAUCUGGCAGCACAAACGCUUGUCUCUCCUGGGGAUCCAUUCAGUAACAUUCUUCUUGACGACCAAGCCCUGUGGGACACCUCGAUCCUGUUGCCCUCGCUACCAAGCACGCCGCUGUCCACUUCACGGCAUUCGUCCACGGACGAAAGCGAGACAUGGUCAUUGACACCUGCUGCAGCGGCGAAGAGCCCUCCACAGUUACAGCCACCAGCUUUGGCCGCCAACGGCGGCAUGGCAUAUUCCUUCCCGGACGAAGCAUACCUGGAGAUGACCGAGCUCAACCUGCUCCGCGGACUCAUGGCGAUCGCCAAGCGGUUAAACGUCCACGACACCGUCUGGUCCCUCACUGCACAGUCCCCCUUUGCGAAUCCAGCGGCAGCAACAGCGAUAGCAGAGUUCAAUCAUCUACCGGUAAACUUACGACCGAGCCUGCUGCAACUGACCGUGCCGCAUCAUCCCAUCAUCGACCUGCUACCCUGGCCGUCGACACGCGACCGGAUGAUCAAGAUCCUGGCGCAGCCGCCUGAGUUUCGACCGCCGAGUGCCGCCUCGCCUAUGGCCUUGUUGGAUUUUGUGUAUGACGUGGAAGAUAGCGCAGAGGGCGUCAGAGUCUCCGGUGAUGAUCCUUACUCGGCGAAUAAUUGGGAAGUCGGUGAGAAGGUGUUCAAGUCGUGGUGGUGGGUGUUUGACAAGGAUAUCAUCAUGAGGAGCAACGAGUUGAGGGCGUCGAGAGGUGCGCCCCUGCUGGGUGGGAGUAUUCUAGGAGAGGUUGCAUGA